AUGCAGUAUUCGUUCAUUCUUUUCUUCGUUUUCUCUUACCUACCCUCUUUUGGUCUCGCUCUACCAGCUGCUAGCCCAGCAAAAGGCGUUGGGCAUCAUCGAUUCCUCGUCCGGGGUGUCCGGCAUCUCGGUACCCGAACGCCCCAGAACGACGUUGCCGAAGGUCAGACAGGCGCCAGUCAGGGCCAGAACAACACGGUCGAAGGGCGAAAUGGCGUCAGCAGUACCCAGAUAAUGAAUGCCGUUAUGUCUUGGAUGCAAGACACAGGAAAGGUCACAAAGUUCCUCAACACCGCCACAUCCUUUACCGGCGCUGAGUUCACCAAGCAAGCUACAAUUGCUCUCAACGCCGAGAUUGACGAGCUCAAUCAUAAGAUGGUUCUCGACACCGCCUUUCAAGGAACGGACAUGGUUACACAAGCCAAUGCAGUGCUCGACACACAAGGCAACUUCCAGGCGGUCGUUGAUACCUUGCAAUCCAUGGUCACCAACGGACCCGACACCGCGCAAAAGGACGUCAACACCAUCAACAACAACCGCUGUGUCAAUGUACUUCCCAACAUCGAUAUGUACUUUGCUGCUGCCGGUGCCCCUGAGGUUCAGGCUGUUCGUCCUACAGGAUGCUUGGAGGUUGAGGGCGCCAACGUUACUCCCGCAGUCCCGCCACCUGUUAAAGGCGGCACUGCACCACCUCAAGUAACUCAAGCGCCUACCGUUGGCAACGGGAAUGACAAUGGAAACGGCAAUGGCCAAACCCAGAGCGGCAACGGUCAGAACAGUAACCAAAACCAGGCUGACAAUAGCAAUGGACUGAACAUUGGCAAGGGAGUCAGUGGAAACGGCGGCAGCACUCAGAGCAACAACCAAAUCAACGAUCAGGGCAACAACAAUGGUCAGAACAUCGGCAAGGGAGCCAGUGGAGACAGCGGCAAAAACACUUUGCAGCCCGCCAAACUGGGUUCUCAGAACUCCAAUACCAACGUCAACAACGGCAACGGUAACAAUCAGGGCCAGAAACAAUCUCAGCAGCAAUCACAAAAGCCUCCAAGUCAAGCAGGCUCCGCCCUACAGCCCGCUCGGCUUGGCUCGUCAACGUCUGGAAGUGACUCCUUCCACCAAGACAAGAGCAGCUCGCGCACAGCUUCAGAAGACCCAGCAACCGCCAUCCCUAGCCACGGACUUGGCGAGGACGUUGCCCGAUCCCGCGGGCUGAGACGAAAGCUGAAUGGGGUGGCGGAAAGCUUGAAGCAGCAUGCUUGA